UUAAAAUUUGUUGUCAAAAAAGAGUAAUGGAAAAUCGUUACCAUCUUUUUUGUUUCCUUUUCCUUUAAAUUUCUCUUUAAUUUUCACUGUGAAAUUGCCAAAGAAAAUCAGAUUCCACUCUCCAAAAGCCAAAAUCCCCAUACAAAUUGCCAAGUUCCUCUGUUUAUUAUCUGGCUCUUUGAGAGAACCGAAAAAAAUCCUUUUUUUUCUCUCAAUUUCUCUUCUUCUUUGGCCUUUGCAACACCAAAUCUAAUAUGGCUAUCUUUCAUUUCCCAUGUUCUUUCUAGGGCUUUGAAUUUUUCCCUUUUGUGGUCACUUCCAGUUCUUCUUCAAGUUCCAAUUUUCAUCAUCUGGGUACUCUUAGAUCUCCCUUUUAAAGUUUGGGUUCCUUUUGUUUUCUUCGAAGCUUCAAUGUCACAAGGUUUUUCAAUUGAGCUUUACUUUGAUCCAGCUCUUGAAAACCAAGUUUUGAAAGCUUGGAAUGUUUUGGCUCGUCGUCAAAUCAGCACCCAUUUAAUUGAAAUUGAGUCAAGGCCUCACGUUACUCUCUUUUCAAGCCCUUUUCUUGACCCUUCCAGGCUUGAACCUGUUUUAAAGAACUUUGCUUCAAAGCAAGGACCUUUAGCUCUAUCUUUUUCUUCAAUUGGGACUUUUCCGAAUGAAAAAAAUUUUCUUUUUCUUGCACCAGCUCCAACAAUGGCCCUCCUACAGUUCCAGGCUCAGUUAUGUGAGGCUGUUAAAAAGGAAGGGAUUGAAAUUGGAGAAGAGUUUAAAGCUGACGCUUGGAUUCCUUAUUGUCCUGUAGCUCAGGAAGUGCCAAAAACAAGAAUGGCUGAGGCUUUUUCUGUGUUGAGAGAGUUGAAGUUGCCUGUCUCUGGAUAUGCAAUUGAUAUUGGGUUGGUGGAGUUUUCACCUGUUCGUGAACAUUUCUCAUUUGAACUUGGGAAUACCGUAGAGGCAUGAGAUUUGGAGGGGUCGUUAUGACAGUAGAUUGUAGUUCCACUCCAUCGUGAAGUGUUCAUGGGGUAGAGAUUCAAGCCUUUCACAAUAGCAUUUAGCAAGGAUACCCUUCUUUCAUUGCAAGAUUUCGGUAUUGUUUUGCAUCUUGGAUGAGGACCACCUUGACUUUCUUUCUUUUGUUUUUGGGGGUUUCUGUUAUCAUCAUUUUCAAGUUCCUUG